UAAUAAUGAAGUAAAAACUUAUGCAUAUCUAAAUAUGAAUGAAAUUGAAAAUUUUAAAUAUUCGAUUAUUAAGUGUUGAUCAAAAAUCGGAAACCAUUUUCGUAGCAUCAAGUGUUGCCUAAGUGAUAAGAGAAUUUUAAAAAUUCAUAUGAAGUUAAAAAAUUUAUUUUAGAAAAAAAAAUUCGUAAACAAAUAAGUGUAAAAAGAAGAAAAAAAAAUUCAUUACUUUAAUGAAGUGUCGCCAAAGCUCGCAAACUGAAGCAAACUGUUGCCGCUUUAAUAUUACGAAAAAUUAAUUUCAAAUUUUUUGCAUAACGCUCUCUACAAAAUUUUUUGCGGGAUUAAUGUUUACAUGCAAUACAAAGAUGCUUUAAUCAAAUCAUAUAUAUGCGGGGCAGGUAGGCCCCUUGUAAAACCGUACACGAACAUCCAGAUUUGCGUACAUUUCAAGUUAAAAGAUAAGCAGAACUCUUGAAAUCUUUAAAGAGAUGGAGGCAGUAGUAGCCAAGUUAGCAGCAGCACAAACAGCAGCAAUAACAGCAACGAGGAAGAGAAUUGUAGCUGAGAACUCGAUAACAAUAACUUAGACGAGAUUAAAGCGAUUUUCCAGUGCAAAAGGAAAAUCAAUCAGAAGGCAUUGAAACAUAGGAAAUCAACAUUAAUUUUUGAAGAAGUGAAAAAGGGAGUGAGUGAAAGAGACAGAGUGAGUUCGUUAGGAGGAAGGGAGAGAUAGAAACAGUAAGCAACGUUCUACGCUUACUCAGCAAAACGCAUUGAAAUCGUAGAUCCUAAUUGACGCAACUAUCUUCACGCGAAGCCCUGAUAGAUUGGCAGCGUCGUUUCAUUACAUACAACGACGCAAUACACGUGUAAUCGCAAUUGUGCGAUUUCCGUUAACAUCACACGAGCUUCAUUUAUAACUGCCAUGUUGCGUGAGCUAAAUCUUUGCUAUCUUCUCCUUCUAAAAGCACUUGUAUUUCAACCACAACGCUUUCUCCUCGGCAACCUUACAGAUAAUUUUUAUAAGAAAUAAAGAAAACGGAAAUUGAAGUCCUCGUUAAAAGGAAACGGAACCAUAUAAUAUGGCACAUAAAACUACUUUUGAUGAUGCCUUAGAUUACAUAUACAUAGCUAAUGAUCAAAGUCCCAACACAUAUAUCAUCUCAUCGGCGUUGAUUACCUCGAAAUCGAAAGACUUUUAUAAUGAAGUCAAAGACAGUAUAACGAAUACAACACGUUUAACUGCUGCCUCAGUCACUGCCACAAAUAACCUAAUGGGCAGCAGCAAUAACAUUAAUUCCAAUACCAUUAACUCUGAUUCUCUAAUAAACGGUGAUGACAUGUUUAGCGGAUUGACUGUCGGUUUGGGAUCGCUACUCGUUAAUGAUACUAUUCUAAACAACACGCUGUUUGCAAAUGGUAGCGUCCUAACUGCAGAAAAUAAUGGCACAGGUAAUGUAACCACAACGGAAGAUCUAAGUGAGCUCAUUAGAAUGGCUGCCACAUCUGUAAUACUCGGUUUAAUGAUUCUCAUUACAAUCAUCGGCAACGUAUUUGUGAUUGCUGCCAUCAUCUUGGAGAGAAAUUUGCAGAAUGUUGCUAAUUAUUUGGUAGCAUCCUUAGCUGUCGCCGAUUUGUUUGUCGCAUGUCUUGUAAUGCCCUUAGGAGCCGUAUAUGAGAUAAGCCAGGGUUGGAUAUUGGGACCGGAACUUUGUGACAUUUGGACUUCGUGUGAUGUAUUAUGUUGCACAGCUUCCAUAUUGCAUUUGGUGGCGAUUGCAGUUGAUCGAUACUGGGCUGUCACGAACAUUGAUUACAUACAUUCACGUACCAGUCGUCGCGUUUUUCUUAUGAUAUUUUGUGUAUGGACGGCUGCAGUGAUUGUUUCAUUGGCGCCACAGUUCGGUUGGAAGGAUCCUGACUAUUUACAACGCAUUGAACAGCAAAAAUGUAUGGUUUCACAGGAUGUUGCAUAUCAGGUAUUUGCCACUUGUUGCACCUUUUAUGUGCCAUUAUUGGUGAUAUUGGUUUUGUAUUGGAAAAUUUAUCAAACCGCCCGUAAACGUAUACAUCGGCGACGCCCCAAACCAAGCGGCGUUAGUGGCAACAACAAUAAGCCACAUUUAGGUGGCGAGAAGAGACGUAAGCGUCUUCGAUUACGUUUUGGAAGGUUAACAAACGAAAAAGCCAAUACUACGACUACGCUUGGACUUGUUGAAGGCAAUUCAACGAAUACUGUCAACACAAUGGAAGUGGAAGACACAGAAUUUAGUAGUACCAACGUUGAACAUAAAAAUCGGGCAGGCAACGAAGCAACCACCACUAAUUUAAGUACAACGGAAGCACCCACAACGUCGUCCACUCAAAUAGCAACUGUAUCCCACCUUGUAGCUUUAGCGCAUCGCGAACAACAAAUCUCAUCUAAUGAAGCAGCAUCUGAAAUGCAAUUGCAAUCGGAAAUCAAAUCAAUAAAUUUAGUAGAAAAUCCUUUGGGGCCCAAUAGUGUUAUAACCGCAUCUAAAAUUCAUAUUGUUGAAGAUAAUGGCAAUUUGAGUACAGCAAACGGUACUGAAAAGAUAUUGCCUACUACGCAGCCUACAACGUCAGAGACGGAAGUCUUAGAGGAUCCUCAAGUGCAACAACAAUUUCAACAAGUUGAACAACAUUCGGUAACAGCUCAAGUGACGGCAAUAAAAUUGAAACCUUUAGCAGUUCCUUCAAAUCUCAAUGCUGCAACAUCGAUUUCUGCAUUAGCUCCACAAACACCUACAGUUUCAACUCCACCAGCACCUACUUCGGGCCAGGAAAGCUCUGCCAAUGUAUCAAGCCAAGUGACACCAAUAUCACGACCAAAAAAUCCUCAAUUAUUGGCCAGCGUAACAAAUCCUGUUCAUAAGGUUACAAAAAGAAAAGAAACCCUGGAGGCGAAACGUGAACGAAAAGCAGCGAAAACGUUAGCCAUAAUAACGGGCGCAUUCGUAGUUUGUUGGUUACCUUUUUUUGUAAUGGCUCUUAUGCUGCCAUUGUGCGAAACGUGCCAAAUCAACGACAGUAUUGCCUCCCUGUUCCUAUGGUUAGGUUAUUUUAAUUCUACUCUCAAUCCCGUCAUAUAUACAAUAUUCAGUCCGGAAUUCCGUCAAGCCUUCAAACGAAUUCUAUUUGGCGGACACAGACCUGUUCAUUAUCGUAGUGGGAAAUUGUAAACUAUAGCGUUUAAGUACAUAUGCAUAUAUAUGCAAGAAGUUUCAUUACAUACAUACAUACAUACUAACAACAUGCAUUCAUACUAACAUACAUAACAAUAAAUAGUACUAUGCAUGUGUUCACAUAAACCUUACGUUAACUAUUUCUCAAAAAACAAAAAAAAAAAACCCAAAGAGCGUUCCAAAAUAAGUUGAUGUCAAAAAUUUUUAAAAAUACUUAACAGAGUGUAUUAACAUCAUAUUUCUGGGUUAAAAAAAAAGAUAUAUGGCCAAACAGUGCGUUCGUCUAGACUUGAUGUACUCAUUCUCAUAACAAAGCCUCCCCCAGCAUAUUGGUACGUUGGCUGCAUAGCAUUAGUCUUCUGAAAUAUUCGUUCCAGAUGUUUGGUGCACUCUAAGAGAAAUAAUAUUAGCGAUUAAUAGAUGUAAUCUGCCCGCCACGUAGCAAGACCUUCCAAUAAUAACAUGAUUUCGUUGAUAAUUUUCUAAGCCACACGGCUGUCAUAUUUAUAUCAAUUAACUGACGCGACAAAAAUUCGAAGGUAGACUUUCAAUAUUUACAAAACCAUCACACAAUUUCCGUGCGUUGCAAUCUCUUCAUAACACAUUCGCUUUACUUGGAACAAUUAUUUUUCUCUGCUAAAACUAGGCACUCCUCGACAAUAUCUACAAAUCGCACGAAUUUUGCAUAUCAUCUCCGAUUAUUACGUUUUUCAAAGCCCUGGCGUGAAUUACAAUAAUUCCGAUCCGCCUGAGUGGCCGAAGGCAAGGAGUCUCGACUAGCAACUCAAUGGUUGUGGGUUCAAAUCUCAAGUGCAGUAGAGUUUUUAAUAAAACCCGAUAGCCUUACAUGCUAGUGUUUUUUAAGAGUUUAGUCUUAGAAUUUAUUUCUCUGGUGAAAUUUAA